UUCGAAUCCUGACCUCCUGUUCAGGCUCACGUCUCACCUUCUCACCCCAUCGUCGCCAAUCAAUCUUUGACUCCUUUCUUUCUCUCACCGACCUCCUUUGCCCUACGAUCCUUCGCCUGCCUGUACCAUCAUCAUCAUCUCGCAUUGCCAUCAUUCAUCGGUAUGGGCCAUUGAAGUCUUGCUUGUCAUUGUGCAUUGCAACCCUCCACCAACGUUCUUUUUUUCCUUUUCCAUUCACUUCCUGAUUCAAGCCUCUCUAUUUCCCCUCUCCUUCAUCUAAACAAUAGGAAUAUCUAUUGUCGUGCAUUGUGUUGCUGCAGGGCGCACGAAUAGCAUCGCCGUGCGAUUACCCCCAACCCUGGACGCAUUGCUACGCCGGAACGCAGCACAUCUCACCGCGCAAUCUGAUUCGCAUCGUCAGCAAAUAAACUCUGGGCGCGCUGCGACAGCUGCCCAUUUCUCAUCUGCCUGCCAUGAUGCACCGAAAGACGCGGUCAGAUGCUGGCGACAUCUCCUCUCCCCGCUCUAGCAGAGCUCCAAGUUUUAGCAGCGAACGAGCGCCUUCCGUCGCGGGAUCCGUCACCUUCCAGAUGCCCACCACCAUUCGACCUGCGCCUGCUUACAUCGCUGCGUCGGUCGCCUCGCAGACAAUUACCGACCAUCACAAUGCCAACCAGGUGCGCGAAGACCUCAACUCGGACGAUGAAGCCGACCCGUCAUCGCAGUCGCCAAAUGCCCUCUUCUCCGAGCAAGCCCUGAGCUUGCUGAACGCCUUCCUCGACCACCUCCUCUUCGCAUUCUUAGCCAGCGCCCGCUCCCCUUCGCUGACCGCCAUUCGUCCUGCCAUAACCGAUGUGCUCAAACCACGACUUGCCCGAGAGGCAAUGGCUACAGCUGAUGAGGAGUUACAGGGGCUUUUGGCGGGAGACGAAGAGGAGUUUCCCGAUAAAGAAAGUCAGGGCACAUACAAGUGGGAUGUUGAGAAGGUCUGGAAAAGGACGCGCCUACGGAUUAUGGUAUACACUCGUCUGGGCGAAUUGGAGGACGAAGAUGAGGAGCGCUAUGUGCAACAAGAGCGUGGACUCAGCAUGGCUGUCGAUGAGGACGACGAGGCCGGUCUUGUAUCGUGGGCUUCUGCAAUCUUCUUGACUUCAGUCAUUGAGUAUGUUGCUGAGCAGACCCUUUUGAUCUCAGGCUCGGCAGCUUUUGCCCGAAUGGCCGCAAAACUCAAAAAGUUGGCACAGCAAUCCGACGAGGGUGAGGAGCCCCAGUUGGAGCGUGUAGUUGUCGAGGAAUUUGAUGUGGAGAAGAUCGCCCUCAAUUCUGCUCUCGGGAGACUCUGGAGAACCUGGAGAAAGCGCGUGCGGUCCCCUGUGACGCCGUUGUCGCCGAGAGGACCCCGUUCUUCUGCCAGCUUUACCAGCCUUCACCGACGCCAAUUCAGUCGCGAAACAAUGGAUAGCUCCAUCAUUGCUGCUGAGAAUGUUCAAGAGGUUCCUGAACACAAGCCCACCGAAACAGAGAUCGCGGCCAACAUCCCGCUCCCCAUUGGAGACAACGACGUGAACGAAAUCGAGGUUCCUGGACUCGCUCGCCAAUUCGAUAAUGAGGACGAGACGGCCAGUGGAACCCAGACUCCGGUCCCACGACGCCUGCGACCCACUAGCUACAUCAUGCUUGCCCCUGCCGAGGAGUUCAGAGGAAAAUUGAAGAAAGAGAGACCCAUCUCUAUGCCUCCGCCCGAGGCCGCCCCUUUCACUAUUCCGGCCCAUGUUCAGGCUGAGGAGGAUGACGAUGCCGAAGCCUAUGGUGGAGCAGAGGUGAACGAAAGCAUCGAGGAUGAGGCCCAGUCAGCAGGACUUACCGAUACCGAAAUGGAUUUUGUCACCCCCAUGGAACGCCAUUACGAAGAUGACGAGUCAUACAUUGCAGAUGAGCGCCAGGAAGGCAUGCAUCACAGGGAAAGUGUAUAUGAACCUGACGCAGAUAUGGUCGCGUUCGCGGCUUCCACGGGCAUGGGUUUCGGUAUGAGUCCAAUCAGCCCGGCAGCUCCAACAUUCGAGCGCCAGGGUCAGACGGCGGACGCUGCCAUCAACAAUGCAUACGAGGCAGAGCCUCAAGUCUUACAGUCUAAGCGAAUGUCGAUCGAGAAGCCUGGGACGCCAGGACUUGUCCGUACCUACUCUAUGCGCAGCUCCAGGAAAUCCACCCCAAGCCCACCGCGGGAGCCGGGAUCAUAUCUUGAUGAUCCGGAUGAUGACUUGGAUGGCCCAGAUGCAAUCGGAGUUGCUCACACAUCCAACGUUCCCAUUCGUGCAACACCAUCGCCCAACGAACCGGUGGCCCAAGAGUCGGAUGUAGCUCAUGGCAAGCAGAAAGAAGCCGACCACCAAGGCUUCGUCGAACUUACUCCUCGCCAUGCUGUACCAAUCGCCGCUGCGACCCGUCAAACUCCCAGCCCUGAGCGUGUUUCGAUGCCUGAUAAGUCUGUGGAGCGUAAGCCAGUAUAUCCCGAAAGAAACAUUCCUCGUAGGGAGAUGACACCACCCAAGGCUCGCAUUCCUACUUUGUCAUCCUUGGACGAAACAGAGACUUGGACGAACGCUUCUCCCGAACACGCAAAGCCCAGAAAGCAGUAUCCCGACAUGCAGCGAGCCAGUCCCUCCCGUGGCAGUCCAAAGUCUGGUCCAGCCUCGAAUGUACGUGAGUCGCCCGCCGCACAGCUUGAAAAGCCAGUGGUGCGAAACUCUCAAGAGGGCUCACCACGGGCGCACACUGGGGCACCCGCCAACGUGGAAAAGUCAUCACUCCAGCGGGUAUCAUCUUCAUCUUCCAAAUCCGCUUCUACUUCAAUUCUUCACAUCGGCCAUGAUUCAGAAUCGAGCUUUGGUCGACCACGUGCAGUGAGUGGUCGAAGGUCGGAGGAGGAUGUGCAGCGGGAUUUCGAUUCUUUGGUGAAGGGAGAUGAAACUGUCAAGUUCACUCUCACUCCCCAGAGCAUGCGCGACAUGGAAGAGACUUCAGCAGUUCGAAAAGUCGAAGCCCGUCCCUCUACCUCCACAGUCACUGUAUAUCCCCGUGUGAAUGCGGAUCCGGAAAAUCAAUUUGGGUCGCGACCUAUUCCAUCACGCACCGCCUCUCGUAACAAGUCAACGUCCAGCCAGCCCACACCGGUCAAGAAGUUGGGUCUCAAGCCCAUGGCUAGAGAGCCACGCAUUCAAUCCGAAUCAAUGCGCGAUUUUGCUGAUUUCAUCCGCUCUACUGGUCCUGCUGCAGGCGAAGAGCGACCAGUGCAACCGUUCGUCAGUCUCACUGAUGGCAGCACGCCACCCAGUGGUUCUGCCAAAUCACCAAACGCAUCGUCGACAGCGAUUUCCGGGCUUGGCCGAAAACUCUCCAUCAGGCAAACCUCGAGUUCACAAUCGAACGGCUCUGGAGAAGGGCCAUCUGCGCGUCCCCGUGUUCAUAUGGAGCCUCGUAGCCCCGCUGGUCAGCGUAGUGGCAAUGACGAUCUAAUUGAUUUCAUCCGCCAAGGACCACCUGGGGCAAACAACGGACAGCCUCGAAUUCCCCGAUCAGUUGCGCCUUUCCGAACGACUGUCGACUCGGACCAGUUCGAUCGUAUGCUUGAUGAUGGUGGAAACAUUGAAUCGGCGUAUGGCUCUCAGGUUUCUACUAAUUCUAAGCAUUCGGCCCAAACGUCGAAUUCGAGAACCGGUCUUUUACCAGCACCCAGCGUUGUCCAACCCGCCUAUUCCAACACUCCGCAGAAGUUGACAGGCAACAUGUCAAAUCCCGAACCACAGAUCCAGCGUACGCGUCGCCGGAUCAAGGAUCCCUACGCCAUUGAUCUCUCAGACGACGAAGAUGACGAUUUGCUGACCGCUUUGCCAGCCUCUGGGCAGCGGAAAGAAGAAAGUUUGAUGGACUUUUUGAACUCCAUGGAGCCACCCAAAAGCGCCGAUCCCCAGCCCUUGCAGCUAAGUGGUGCUGCAUUGGCUGCUGCAAGAGCUCGCGCUGCAGGUGGCUCCAAUACGUCUCUUUCUGGCAGCGCAUCUGGCGCGCCAGUGAGGAACGGUGUCGGAAUCAAUCCGUCAGUCAGGACAUCUGGGCACUCGGCGCAAAUAUCUGCUUCCAUCACGUCAGAUGCUCCUCGCGCACGAGGACCCAAGCUUCAAGCCCGAGUUGCUAGUGCCCGUGAUCCUCGAUCCUCAGGUGGCCGCUCAUCGACAAACGAUCUUGCCGACUUUCUACGCAACUCUGGCCCUCCAGAGCCGCCAGCGCCUGCCCCAGGAGCUACUGUACGCAAGGAGGAGAAUAAGCGCAGCAUCAACGCCAAGUUCUGGCGCAAGAAGACCUACCCAGACAUGCCAUGAUAGUACCUUCUUCUUAUUCUUGUUUAUUCACCUUUAAUCCCACAUUUACGGCUUCGGAUGACUUUGGACUUGGAAACGGAUUUUAUUUUCUCACUUGAUUCCCUUUUUAACUGCUUUCUACUGGACCCAAGCGUUAUAGUUCAUUUGUGAAUGAUUUACACCCAUUGUGAAUUCUUGUUCUGUUCAAAUUUCAUAAACAUGCGAGCUUAUUUGCCAGACUGCCUGGCCCCAGUGUCGCCUUUUAGAUUAAAUAUCUCUUACAGUCCAAGGAUUUCGAGGACAUCAUCAUCAUGACAAGCGCAUCUACGCUUUCUCAUUUUCUACAGCAUGUUCUGCCCCUCCCUUCUCCCACAUGCAAACAUAGUUGAACAUUUGCGAGCGGCUUUGCAAAGUAUAUGGACAGCAACUUCGAGUAUGCAAAUAACAUUUACA